UUCAAAUAUAUAUAUUUCCCAUUUAUUCUUUUAGCAGUUUUCUUGAGUAAGAAAGAGAGAGAGAGAGCGAGAGGGGGGGAGAGAGAGAGAGGAGAGAGUGGCCCAGCAGAUCGAAAUCUCCCAAAAUUUACUUGAGUUUUUGAUGAGGAUCUGAGGUUCGUCAAUGGAGUUACCAAAUCCCCCAGUCGUUUGUUCCUCCAAUUAUUAGGCAUUAGUAUUUCUCAAUUAUUAUUAUUUUUUUCUUUAUCUCGGGUUUUCAUUCGACCACUGUUGCAGUGUGAAAGCCUCUGAUUUUAUUUGUUUUUGCACAUGAUUCUCAGUUCCUCCGAAUUUGAAUAUCCCCUCCGACGAUUCAAUCCCUGAGGGUUUGGUUCUUCAGGAUAGGUCGUUUCAGGAUGUGGGUCUGAGGAAUGGGAACAAAAAUACAUGGCGGAAGCUACAUACCGGGAUUUUACUCAAUGAGGGACCUUAAUGAGGAUUCUAGCAGUAGUAGCUGGCCCGUAUUUUACAGAGACAAUAAUGCAGCAACAAACGAGCAGUAUUACAACGGAUAUUUGUCGAGGAAUUCAAUAAACGGUUAUCCGGGGCAUAGUGAAAAGGAGGCAUUGAAGCAGAAAAUGCUUGAACAUGAGACAGUUUUCAGGAAUCAGGUUUCGGAACUCCACCGUCUUUACAGAGUUCAGAGGGACAUGAUGGAAGAAAUCAAACGGACAGAACUACGUAAGCAUCGAGCAUCGAUAGAACCAGCAUCAUCGUCGAGUCUUCAAGGUUCUCAAUUGCCGUUGGAGGAUAACCGAAAAUGGCAAAUGCCAGGCUUUUCUUUGUUAAAUUCGAGUUACAGCCGAACACCUACUUCGGAAAUCGAGCUUUCGAAAUCCCCUAUGAGUUGUAUCCAAGGGAACGCAACACAGCCGGCGCAGUCCCCGCUUCAGAAUGGUACAACUGCAAAGAACAGCGAAGCGGCAGAUUCAAGGCCCUCAAAGGUGAGGAAGAAGCUAUUCGAUCUUCAUCUUCCAGCUGAAGAGUACAUAGACACAGAAGAAGGGGAGAAGCUUCUGGAGAACAAAGCGUCGAAUGUAUCAGCUUAUGCUUGUAAUGGAAAUCCGAGCAGCCAACCUGAAAGACAUACAAAGUUAUUACUUGAUAACCAUGCUGGUGUUAGAGCUGAUUGCAAGAUGGCUGAUCUAAACAAUCCUGCACAAAUCGACGAGGCGAUGGUUGCAUUAUCUGUUGAUUUUCUUGGCCGUUCUUCACAAUAUGAGCCGGCGAUAAGUACAAGUAAACCAACAAAACCCAAUGCGUGGUAUUCAUCUUUCGAAAGUAAAGUUAAUGACGGGGAGAGGUUCCCUAACGCGUAUGAAGCAGGUUCGAGCAGGAGUAAUAUUAGUUCGGUAGGUCAAGCCCGUCCGAUGCAAGGCUUCCUUAAUCAGUUUCAUCAUCCUUCGGGAAUAUAUUCUACUGGUUAUCAUGGAGAAAAUCGGGGCAAUGACCUUGCUCAACAUGGUUUAGAAUUUUCUAAUAGAACUAAUGAUCGGCCUGGUAGUAGUCAUUCACGGGCCUUGAAUUCUCGGGCGCCUGGUUUGCACCCCUUCUGUAGCUCGUCGUACUCGGCGAAUUCGUGGGAUCAGUGCGUCUCAUAUUGGUCGAAGCAUACGAGUAACUUAGCCCAAAAUGUGACACCAUUUCAGCCGUCUGCUAUGAAGUGGCACGCGAAUUCUAGUUCGAGCUUGAAUCCUGGUUUGAGAAUCAACAAGCCGAAGCAAAACAGAUUACCAGUUGAAUCUGGUAAUCAUCUUUUUGGGAAAUUUCCUCGUGAAGCUGAAUCGAAGCCUGUGGUUGAGAUUAAUUUGAAUGAAGCCUCUUCAGACGAGGUUGUGAUUCUGCAAGAUCUUAAUAAGGAUGGAAAAGAUAAGCUCGAAGAUCAUCCUCCACCACUGCCAUGGCUUAAACCGAAUCCGAGUCGUGUUAAUGUGAAUUCUGGGGAUCUCAAUCAGCAUUUUACUCCGAAGAGUGCAGGAAAAAAGAUCGUUGAGACUGAGACUCGACCUGUGAAGAAGCUUCUUGGGUUCCCCAUAUUUGAAACAGUCGUUCCAGAAAACAAGCUGUCAUCGAUUGCUUCGACUUCAGAAAACUUUGAUUGCCAGCCUAAAGGGAAGAAUGCCGUCGGUGAAAGAUUGGAGAGAAUGAUCGACAUAAAUGUAGCCUGCGAACCUGAUCAGGUUUCUGCUGAUGAACUGAAUGUCGAUAAUAGGGAGAAACAAGAUCAGAGUGCCUGUGUCAGAAACUUCAUUGAUUUGAACUCCUCUGCUAAUGAUUGUGAAGAUCUUCAGGUAGCCGAGUCUGGUAGAGAAAGUGUCGGUAUUAAGGUGCCGUUGGAUAUAGACCUCGAAGCUCCAGCGUCCAUGGAGAGUGACAACGACGAUGAUGAUAACGGAUUCAUCAAACGGAACGUUCCGAACGACUUACAGGUGCUGUCUUUAGAAACCAAAAUCGCACAAACAAAGGAUGAGAUUUCUACAAAUACAGCAGAAAUGUUAGUUGAGAUGUCGUCGUGGUACCUUCCGUCUGUCAAUCUGUCGUUACACGAAUCAUUUCUCUGGUUUGUCGAUGCCGUAGCGUCAUGGCCCGACGAGCAUGGCAGGACGACAAGGAAUGAAUCAAGAUUCAUAGACGAAUUCGAGACGAUGACAUUGCGAAUACCGGAAACGAGAGAAGCAGACUACAUGCCGACGCCCUUCGCUCCCAAAGUCGAGAUGGACGUCGACGAGACGGGAUUGAACAACACCGCAUUGGCGAGUCGGUGCCGGAGAGGUCAGUCGAGGCGAGGAAGGCAGCGGAGGGACUUCCAAAGGGAUAUCCUUCCGGGUCUGAUUUCGCUGUCGAGGCACGAGGUGAGCGAGGAUCUUCAGACGCUGGGCGGGAUAAUGAGAGCAACGGGACACGUUUGGAAUUCGGGAUUGACGAGACGGAACGGGGCGAGAGGCGGAGGCGGACGCGGCAGGCGACGAGGUGCCGCUGAAGCUGCCGCCGCCGCCGUCGUCGUUCCGAUGGUGCGAGUGGCGAAUGUGGAGGUUGGGCGGGAGGAUAGGAGCUUGAUGGGGUGGGGGAAGACGACGAGACGGCCGCGGCGGCAACGGUGCCAUUACGGUAAUGCUCCGGCAAUUGUGUUGAGCUGAGUUGAGUUGAGGUCUGUUGGUAGAGACAGAAAGAGAGGAAGGAAGGAGAGGGAGGCGUCUGAAGUUAUUUGUUGUUUAUGUCUGGUGGUGGUUUGUAAAUGUUGGGAUUAUUAUUGUUACUACUGUUAUUGUCGUUGUUGCGGAUUUUCAUUGUUUAGGAAUAACGAAUGAAUGAGUCCUGGUUACGAAU